AUGGGCAAACCGGAUGCGGGUCGCAAACCAGUGGCUUGGGAUGCCGUGGUGUUGACAUGCUCUAGUAAAGAGUGGACUCAGGCGCUGCAGCAAGAGCUGGACAUCUAUUAUGCCAAGGGUUACCUAGGAAAAGACCUCAUUCACCUGGUGGUAGAAGACCCCAAGUCCAACGUUGGCAGCGGAGGAGCAACACUCAACGCUCUUCUGACCGUGGUGGAGUACAUGAGUGCUCGAAGAGGGUUUACGACUAUAAACGCUGAUGUUUUACUGGGAGCACGGAUUCUGAUCAUGCAUACUGGACGAAGCUACACCUACGAGGCUUGCAGUCGGCCCUUUGUCACUUUACCCGCAGUUCGAGACGCCCCAGAGUAUGAUGGUCUUGUUUUUAACUUUGACCUGAUAUUCUCCAUUAUCACAAAAAAGAUUGCUGUUUUUUCAAAACCUGGCAUAUGGGUUUGUAGCACAGAUAUUGUGGUUUCAGUGCCAGAUAAUCUUGAUCUGGAGACAGCAUUUGGUCUCUGUGAUGUCUGUGUGGUGAGCAUUCCCAUGCCUCCCAAGAUGCUGAAGGACCAUGGCGUGUACAAGUUAGAUGCCAAG